AUGGCAUCCGCCCUCUUCUCCCUCAUCGACUCCAUUGGGGAGACCUUCGAGGGCGUUGUGGAGAAUGUGGAAAAUGUCGUUGGGACCGUGGAGAAGGAGGUGGAGGGGGCAGUUCAGCAGAUGGACGCAGGAGUGGACCUCGACGACGUCUUAGAGGAAAUCCAGCUUGCCACGGACGAGGCCGCUCUGCUCGAAGCCUAUCGUCGCUUGGAGGUUUUGGCGACAAGGCAGGCAGCCGUCGUUUUGCACGGCUGGGUCGUGGAGGAUCGGGUCGUUCCUGUCGUUUGCGCUGCCCUGUGCCGCGUGGAGUCUGCAAAGUUGGCGGCGGCGCCUCUCGCCAGGACACUGAACGGCAUGGGCCGGGCCUUGGACUCCACCGGCACCUUUGAGGAGAUGUGCGCCUUCCACGAGCAGAUCGUGCGCCGGACAGAGAACGGCAAGGCCAUGUUGAAGCUGCUGCAGGCUGCGGACCCAGCCUCGCGCACGGAAAGCUUGGCGCUGCUGCGCCGUGUCUAUCCACAGACCAGCAAGGUGCUGGGACGCCACCUCCCCAGCAACCCAGAGUCCAUUGCAGCCCUGGUGCAGAUCUUGCAGGAAGCGGGUGGCUCCAGCUGGGCCGAUGUCACGGAGGCUGCGCUCUGCGGCGAGUGUGUGAAUUUCCUGCGGCUGGUGACUGCUGAAGAUGGCGACGUGCGCAUGAUCAUCACAUUCCAGGAUGGAGCCGAAUCCCUGCUUUCCAUCGCAACCCAGGCCUUGAGGGCGAAGUGUACUUCAGGAUCGCUCGACGACUCAGCUUCAGUCCUUCUCAGCUUGGCCGGCAACGCCUGUGUUUGCGUGCAGCAACUCGUCGGCCAGGGCCCGGUCGCGCAGAAGUACAUGCGAGAGGCCGGGCAGCUCACGACGCUCCUCCGGACCUUGCGCUGCGUCUUCGGUGCGCUGGCGCUGCAGGCCCAGGACAGUGCGUGGACCGGUGGCCUUCAUGCUGCUGCCACGGUGCUUCUGGACACGUUGGCGGCGUUCGUCAUUAAAGCCGGUUCAGAGGCAGCAGGGAACGCCAAGGUCAUGGUUCAGUCCGCCGGUUUGCUGGAGAUGGUGUGUGUGGAGGUCUUGCGAUGCCCUGGCCUGGGGCGACUGAGGCUUCGUGCCGUGGAGGUGCUGGCGGCGGCACUGGCGGCCGAGGAGAAGAUGCUCGCAAGGCUCACUGCCACAGAGGUUUUCGAGAGGUCGGCCCUGGAUUUUCUUGUGCCCAUCUUGCUGGGAACGGAGGAGGUCCAGGCUUCGCUGGAGCUCCGUGCAUCCAUCGAGGUUCUCUUGACGACCGCUUUAAGCAGCGCUGACGUGCGCCAGGUGCUGCUCCGGCCGUGCAUGGAAGCUGCGGAAUGCUCUCAGCAGGAGCCCGCAACGGCCGCAGGCUCCCAGCUGCUCUCCCUCCUCCGAGCAGCCGACCGAAACCCAGAAGGCAGCGCUCAAAAGGCGCCAGGCGGCAGCACCGGCUUCGACUGGUGCCCGGCGGAUGCCAACACGUGGUUUGCGGCGCGCUUGCUUGAGACUUGCCUCCUCUGCGACGGUGCCCUGCGCAAAGCCCUUGCAGAGCCAAGGCCCUCCGCAGAGCAGGCUUCUGGCAGCUUGCUGUCGGAAGCACUUGGACCUUUGGCGGGCUUAGCCCGUGCCUGGCGAUCCCAAGCAGCCCCCGCAGCUUUGGGUGACCCAAGCGCAUCGCUUUGUGCUAUGUUGCAGCUGGUCGCCGAGUGGUGCAACGGCUGCGCUUCAGCAGCAGAGGUCCUGGCCCGCUCCCCAGCGCUGCCGGAGCUGGUGGCCCUGCUGGAGCCCUCGACACCCUCGCCGGCUCCAUCUGGGGCACAUGUCCGCGGCCUCACCGCUCUGGUGCUGGGAACGUGCUUGCUGGAGAUCCCUGCCCAGGAGGAUGCGCUCGUCAGCCAGGGCCGGCUUAUGGAGAUCUUGGCAAGCCGUGUCGGCGUGGAUGCCUUCACGCGUGCAGCAGAGGAGUUUCUGCGGUGUCUCAACGUCGACUCGUGCUCAGGGUCCGCCUGCCUGCGGCGCUAUCCCAUCGGCUUUUCGGCGGCGGUGGCGAGGCGCUUCCAGCAGGUGCAGGAAGCCAUGGUCCGCAUCUGGCUGGAGCGAGGCACGGGGUCGCCUGCAAGUGCCGUCAUGGCCGAGGAUGUGGCUGAGCAUUUCAAGGACCUCAUCAAGAUGCAGGAUAAGGAGCUAAGAUCUCUCCGGGCCGAGGUGCGGCAGCUCAAGGAGGAGAACACGGAGCUGCGGAAGUUGACCACCGACGAGGACAAGACGCUCCUCUUGUGGAAGGUCACAGCUCUUACCAAGCAGUGCGAGGCUUUGCAAGCCCAGUGCGAUCUCCUCCAAGCGAGCCGUGGCUCCCUGGAGGUGGCUCGCCUCCGCGAGCGCCAGCGGCAGCGCCAGGAGCGCCAGGAGCUCGAGCAGCAGCUCCAGGUGCUGGUUCUGGCACUGGACGAGGCCGACUCCCGGUCCCGCAAAGAGAAAGAGAAGCCAAAGCCAUCGGGAUCCUCGGAGGUAAGCGACUCUGACGCGGAUGCUGACAGCUUGGCCGCUGAGGAGAACUUGCUGGCGGUGCUCAAGCAGAUCAGCAGCGCGUGCCCUGAGGUGGCACCUUUCCUUGCGCCUUUGGGCUUUGCGCCGUCACGGUCAGACCGGGAAAUUGCCGCCUGGGAAGCGGCGGCGGAGCGCCUGGGCCACCAGGCAAUUCCCUUGGCCAGCCCUGGUAAGGUCAUCGAGGUUUGA